CAAAAAUCCAGCGUGCACGCGCAACACAACCCCCGCCGAAAGGUGCAGCGCACUGCACGUGCGUGUGCAGGCUACUCUCGCUGCCCUGCAUGUGGAGCCGUUGGAUGGUCUGUGUGGCGUCCCCAGUGUUCCAUCGCAGGCCCUUCAGCGCCGCUCGUACGCUGCCGCCGCCGUCGACACGUGCUGCCGCCGUUAUGGCGUCGUCGAUGAGCAAUGCCAAACAGUCGUUGUCCGUGGCGGUGAUUGGCGCUGGGCCUGCCGGCAUUAUUUCGGCUCGGGAGCUGCUGCUGGCAGGCCACCGGGUCACCGUGUUCGAGCGCUCGAGCAAGGUUGGCGGCAUAUGGGAUUACCGUGAGACGUUUGACGAGGAUGACCUGCUGGGCCAGCGGGCAUCCGUUCGUGGCUCGGUGUAUGCUUACUUGAGAACCAAUCUGCCUAGGGAGGUGAUGGGGCUCCCAGACUUCGCGUUUGACUCGAAGUUCGAGGGCAGCCGCGAUGCACGUCAGUUCCCUGCUCACGACGAGGUCCAGCGUUACCUGGAAGCCUUUGCGGACGAGUUUGAGCUGCUGCAGUUUGUGCGGUUUGGCAUGGAGGUGCAGCGUUGUGUGCCGGUACAAGGGCACCGGGCAGAAGGAACUGUCCCAUCCACCUGGCUGCGGUGGGAGGUUGUCACGCGGCCAGCGGCGCAGCUACAGGACAAUGAAGCCGCCGCCAGCAGCGAGCUUUAUGAUGCCGUGGUCGUUGCCAAUGGCCACUACAGUCGGCCAAGGGUACCACAGCUGCCGGGGCAGGCCGCAUUUCCCGGCCUGCUCAUGCAUAGCCACUCAUACCGGCGCCCAGACCCCUUCAAGGGCAAGACGGUAGUGGUGCUUGGCGCAUCAUCGAGCGGCGUGGACCUAGCAGAGGAGAUUGCCAAUGGCGGAGCCAAGAACAUUCAUGCCGGCAGCGGCGGCGGCGGCAGCCAUGACAGCGAUCAAAUCAUCAAGGCUCCAAACCUGCAGGAGUUCCAUGCCGACGGCUCCAUCACCCUGGCAGACGGCAGCCGCAUUGCAGACGUAGAUGCCUGCGUAUUCUGCACAGGCCAUUGCUCUGCAGGUUACAUUUAUGACUUCCCCUUCCUGGCUGGCACGGACUUUGUGACGGUGGAAGACAACCGCGUCGGGCCCCUCUACCAGCAUAUUUUCCCUCCGGCUGCGGCACCGACUCUGGCGUUUGUCGGCAUUCCCUGGAAGGUGAUCCCUUUCCCACAGUUUCAGCUGCAAAGCCGGUGGAUUGCCAAGGUUCUGGCCGGGGCAGUGCAGCUUCCUUCACGGCAGGAGAUGGAGCAGCACGUUGCCGACUUUUAUGCAUCCCUGAAGGCAACUGGCGUCCCCGUGCGGUACACUCACCGCCAGAGCGACGGCAUGCAGUGGCAGUACAAUGCCUGGCUGGCUGAGCAGUGCGGAGAUGAGCCAGGUGCAGCUUGGCGCGAGCAGAUGUAUAAAGCCUGCGGGCAAUCAAGAAAAACCAAUGCCAGCAAGUAUCGAGAUGCAUCGCUGCCUGGGGCGGAAGAAGCGGAGCAGGCAGCGCGUGAGGAGGCAUGUCGUGCGCGGCAGCGUGCAGUCCAUCACUCUCGCGACCAAAGUCAGUGAUCUGAUUUGAUUCGAUGCCACUCGUUGAUGUAUGCGCGAUGAUUAAAACAAUUCAUUUG